AUCAUGACGCAGCCAAGUGUCAGCGCGCGAGGGGUGUGUGUGUGACCCGAGCCUUCAUAUUUCUCUGACGUGAGAUAAAAACUCUCACAAGAGUAAGUAAGUCAAGCGGACACAACCAAAAACACAGACAAGUAAAGCCAGAGAGAGAGAGAGAGAGACAGAGGGAGAUGCGGACCUUCCAGAGCCGAGAUCAGCCUGCGCAGCGCGGAGCCUCCAGCUGCCUGCCCAGCCUCAGCAGCAGCAGCAGCGGCGCCGUGAGUCCCCUCAGCACGGCCAGCGUCACCCUCACAGCCCUGCUCAUCCUCACCAUCCCAGUCUGCAAAAGUGCUCCAGCAGAACUUCAGCAAACAGAUCAACUACUCAGCCAGAUAGACGCCGUGUGCUCAUCCUACUUCUCUACAGACCUGAAAUUUUGGGCAUCUGAUAUCUUAGGAGAACUCUGUGUCUUGAUGCUGGUUCAGAAGUCAAAGGAGUUAAAAGUGCGAGGAAAUAGUAAAAGGGCUGAACUCCAGGGACCUGGGGGAAUCCAGAGCAGAGGUUACUUCCUCUAUCGGCCACGAAAUGGAAGACGAUCCUUAGAAUAUGAGUAAAUUAAAGCUUAUGUACAGAGACAACACAGACCCUGAGACCCGAGCUGCUGCACCACGACUGAUCCAGACUUCAACCACAGCCCUCUGCGACAGCUCUAUUGUUAUGUCUGAAUGUAUACGAAUAAUACGAUUAAAAUAGGCUACUAUUCAGUUGUCAAGAUUUUAUUUUGUGUUACACGUGUGUCAUUUGCAUUAAAACUGCUACAAUGUG